UCACUAAUGUCAACAAAUAAAGCUGAAUUAUCCAAACAAAAUGACCUAAAACACCGAUUUACCUACGUUCAAUGUGCGCUUAAAAGCGUAAAAGACAUUAUGAUAAACUAAAGAAUCGGGAAAGUGGACGAAAUAAAGACUUUAGUUCCAGCAUGGCUGAUUCAGUUGAACUCAUGCCCAAGACUCAAGGGUGCAAGAUGCUGGAACAAGCUUACUACUUCAUGAAGGAGCUUCAGUUAAGCGCCAAAACUAUUGAAGGGAAACUUGCCGGGGCCAUAUUCAAGCAGGAUGAAGAUGCAGUUAAGGCAUGUUGGGAACCAUCCAUGGUCCAUUAUCGCCAAAAGGAAUAUGGCCUCACGUACCUCCAUCUGGCUGUGAUGACAGGAAACCUCGACAUUCUGAGAUUUCUUUUGGAAAAUGGAACUGACCCCAACAACACGGCUUACACAAACUGCAAAGAUGCCAAAAGUUACAGCAAUCUGUCCUGCCUGCAUGUGGCGGCCUUGUUCUGUCAUAAACAUGUGUUGGAAUGUCUCCUUAUGCGUGGUGCCUACACUGAACACUACUUGCAGUUCUAUAGCAAAAUGAGGAAAAAGUAUUCGAAAUUAAACGGGAUGACUCCUUUUCACUAUGCGAUAUUCGGCCAUGAUUUGGACACUUUGAAAAUUCUGGCGAAAUACAAAGCAUCAGUGGGCGCAACGACUGUUAACGGGUAUACCUCACUUCAUUUGGCGGCCAUGUUGAACUAUGAUGAUGUCUUUCAGUAUCUACUCCAGGAUAGUAAAAAUUUUGAAAACGCCAUAUCAAAAGAUGGUGCAACUUUGCUUUUUGUUGCCGCGGCUAACGGUGCUCAUAAACCACUUUCAAUGUUGAUAGAUCGAGGUUUUGAUGUCAAUGUCACAAACCAAAAUGGAAUAAGUGCUUUACAUGCAGCUGCUGCAUCUGGUAAAGCAGAAGCUGUGCAUGUUCUGUGUGAAGCUGGUGCAGACGUUAAUGUUACUUGCGAGAAAUACCAAGUCCGGCUAAGAAAUAUGGAAGAAAAAGAUCAUUUGCACGAAGCCAUUCCACUCCACGCAGCGAUUGGUGCUAAGAGUGUAACCUGUCUCAAAAUGCUCCUGAAGUAUGGUGCAGAUCCUAACUCGUGCUGUGAUAGUGAAUGUGCUGGUCAAGACGUCAGCCCUCUUCACUUUGCAGUCCGACAACAGUCGCAGUGUUUAUGUGAAAUCUUGUUGGAACAUGGUGCUGAAAUUAAUGCAAGAUGUGCUGAAGGCUUCACCCCUUUAAUGGGUAGUAUCAUUGAAGGCAAUCUGGAGGUUUUCAAGUUUUUAUUACAGCAGAAGGAUGUUGAUGUGAAUCUUGGUCACGUGGCAACUUCAUUUUCCCCUCUCGUGGCAAUAAUAUUGCUUCUCAAGGAUGACUCCAUAACAAAUUCAAAGGAUAUGGAAAUGACUCGCUUGAUUCUGGAGAAUCCAAGCAUAGAUCUGGAACAACGAUUUGUGCUCAUGCAUCGUCAUGAUGUCACCGUGCUUCAUCUGGCUGUCCACAAAGGUAACAAGGAACUGACGGAGUUGCUGGUGGAAAGAGGUGCUAGCGUCAACACCACCAUGUCAUUUCCUCAUUCCCACACGUCUGGUGUGAGUCUGAUGCAUACUGUGGCAACCCAGGGCUAUAAUCAUCUCAUGGAUUACCUCCACAAGGCUGGCGCUCCGUUGGACUUGCAUACAUCUACGGGUGUUACCCCACUGCUGAUGGCUGUCAUUUUGGGAUUCGACAAGCUCAUUGGAUUCUUCCUUGAUCAAGGUGCAGACCCUAAUGGAGGAGAUGGAGAAGUGACUGCUCUGAUGGUCGCUGCGGAACAGAACGACAUACCAGUGAUGCAGAAACUCAUACGGAAAGGUUGUGAUCUGAAUAGGAGGAAUCUGAUGACUGGUUAUACUGCACUUCAGCUUGCUAUUCUGUCCGAGUACCUUGUAGCGGCCCAUCUUCUGAUUGACCAUGGAUGCAACAUCAAUAAAUGCUCUGCUGCUGGCCAGACCUCCCUUGCCCUCGCCAUACGACAUGCUGAUACCCGCCUCGUCGAAAGACUACUCGAGAAGGGUGCUGAUCCCAAUGAGAUAUCCUCAUCUCUUCGUGUUGAAGAUGGCGAACAAGAAGAUGGCGAGAUUUCAACUGGCGAUACCAAAAUUAUGCCCCUGCAUUUAGCUUCGUUGCUAGGAAAGAUUGACAUGAUGAAAGUCUUACUGAAACAUGGGGCCAAGUUGGAUGGUGAGCUGGAGAACGGCCUCACUCCCCUUCAUGAAGCAAUCGACAAAGGUCAAGAAAACGCGGCCCUGUUCUUAAUCCAGAAAGGCGCGAAGGUCAAUCAUAAAUUAAAGAAAUUGCAACCAUUUGAAUGGAGGAAUCAUUCAGAAGUGUUUCCAUCAGCUGUUGGACUACCUGAACCAGAUUUAGUUAUAGGUACUCUUGUGGAUUUCGGAUGUCAUAUAUUCUCACCAUAUUUCUCAGAUGCGGAAUUGCCGAACUUUCUGAGCCGCUCAAAGUCUCGGAAAGUGGUGAAAAAACUUCUUUUUCACGGUCUGCGGUCCAAUCAGAACUUGCUACCCUUGUUGCUCGAUUCAGAUUCGAACACGAUAAGAAUGUUACUCCAGCACGGUGUGGAUGUUUCAAAGUCGAAGGCUGACCUUUACCAUGCCCUGGGUGAGAGUUCUGACACAGCUAUUCUAUCUCUGUUCAUCCAGAGUGGAUUGGACUUGGGUUUUCCCAGUGAUCUUUUCACUGAGACGGCUUCUGGACCAGCUAUAUUCAUCUCGGCAGCACGUCUUGGCCAUCUCGACAUGUUGAAGAUGCUGGUAAAAUCGGGUGUUGGCGUCAAUAAUCAGGAUGGAAAAGGCUUGACGGCACUCCACUGGGCAUCUGUCCGCCGCCAUCUACCCUGUGUCAAGUAUCUGAUCAGACUUGGUGCCAGCGUGACAGCUUUGGGAUCGCUAAAUGGUUACGACCACGCCACACCACUACACGCUGCUGUCAUGUCUAAUGAUACCGAUGUGACGGACGCCAUCAUUGUUGCUGGAGCUGACAUCAGUGCCCGCUGUUCCCUUGGGAGUCUGUCGGGAGUUACUCCUCUUAUGGUUGCCUGUUAUAGCGAAUGUUACAAAUCCAUGUGGAUCAUCUGCUUUGGAUAUGGCUGUGAUGUCAACAAACAGAAUUCAGCAGGAGAAACUGCUCUCCACAUUGUCAUCCAGUUGCCCAUGUUCCUGAAGCAGCACUUCUUCAAAGAUCUUAUGCUCGGAUGCCCCAAUGUCGACAUCGCAACAAAAACUGGACUGACUCCACUUAUGGCUGCAGUAAAGCAUCGGGAGUUGGAUAUGUCUUUUCAGCUGAUCAGUCGCGGAGUUGGUAUAAAUGCUGCAGCAAAAACAUUGGAGGCUACUGAUGGAGACCCAGGAACGGUUGGCAGGACAGCGCUACACUUUGCAGCAUCCCUUGGGAACAUCAAGAUAGUUAAGAGGUUGACUGAGGCUGGUGCAACGGUUGACGUCACAGAAUCUCACGAUGGUCAAGACGGUUUUACACCACUUCACUGCGCGGUAUUGAAAGGUCACGUUGAGAUCAUCCCGAUCCUUGUGAAUGCUGGGUGUAAGAUUAACGCCCAGACAUCCGACGGCUUCACGGCACUGCACAUGGCAGCUGACAAUGGCUCGAUGGAUGUUGCCAAAAAACUCAUGGAUUUAGAAGUCAAUCCUAAGCUUAAGACCAAGGACGGCAAGAUUGCCUCCAACUUUUCCUUGUUCCCCACAAUUGGGCGUCUCCUUUUGGCGUACGAGGCUGCCUGGGAUCUUAAACACCGCAGACCGACGCUGCAACGCAAACGGUUCAGUCUUCAGCAGAGGUUGAGCAUGCAGAAAAUCGAAGCAUUUACACCACAAAGUUUCACUGCGCGAGGAGACCAAGAUGAAGAAGGAGGAUCAUGAAGGUGGUGGGAUUCUCAAAUUCUCAGGUUCUUUAUUUGAUUUUUUAUCCAUAUAUGUAAAGUUGUACUAUUAAAGCCAUGAUACGAUUAUAGCCCCUUUAGUGUAGAAAUCAGCUGGCAGUAGGCCUACAUAUAAAUGCACACAAAGUCUAUAAUUGUAGGUACUACUUUAUGUCACGUCUUUGUCAUCUAUUUCUUGUUAGUCUGCACUGAAACUGAAAGCAUACGAACUAAUGAUGGGUGUCAAUUUCGGCCCUGUUGUAUAUCAGGGAUGUAUGAUUUUUGGGAGGAUUUUUUUUUCUCCCGAUAUGGGUUAAUACUUUGACAGCUGAAAAAUUCUAUGAUUUUGAAAUCGAUCAGCAUGUAUAUUCUUUUGUAUUCCAUCAAAAUGUACUCUGGGCAGGCACUGUAGUGUACACUUUUAUAUACAGUAGAACCUCUCUAUUAUGGACACCCUCGGGACUGACAAGUGAUGUCCUUAAUAGAGAGGUGUCCUGAUUAGAGAGGUCAAAUUGAAUGCAAACAACCAAUUUGGGACCAAACAUAGUGUCCUUUAUAGAGAGGUUGUCCUUAAUAGAGAGGUGUCCGCUAAGGGAGGUUCCACUGUAUGUAUUUAUACAAUGUUAGAAGG